GUUCCGAAUGCAACCAAUCAAAUGCGAUGUUUGUAAUCGUGUCGAAGCUGAGAAAAUUGAAUGUUGCGGGAAAUAUCAUUUGAAAGAUAAAUAGACUAUUAACUAAAGAAAUAAAUGAUUUGAUAAAUAGGAGAAAAUGGAUGUUCGGGGAUCCUUGAAUGCAGACAAUAAUUUGUCUGUUGUCACAGGAGAUGGGCAGAUGUCAUUUAUUGAAAGUGAUAGCUUUUAUGCUAGGGUUCCCCCUCUAGCUGCAUCAACAGUUGCAAGGACAAAAUCAAGGAGAGAUAUGAUGUCAUUGCGAGCAUCUGAUCACCAAGAUGAUUCCGCUGCAAUAGAACUGUCUUUUACUGGUAUAGAGACGGGAGCCAGGCCUAAAUUAUAUAAUCGAUGUGAUAUGGGGGACAUGGAACCGGACUCUGGAGGACAACCUCCUGGGCUUAUAAACGGGACUGACUGGUCAGUGGUAAAUGAUUGGUGUAGGGAACAUAAACAAGAUAGUGAAAUGUCAGAUCUAGAUGGUAAAUCUUCACUUGGUAUCAUAAAUGUGGAUGACAUGGAUAUAUCAGCAAACAACCUGCUCGAAUCACCACGGGUCAAUCUGAUGAAGAAACAGACUUUGGAAAAUGAUAAAUCUGUACAAGAGAACAACACUGGGCAUUCAACAUUGAAAGGUCACAGUACUGUAGACUCGAACCCGUGGCAUAUGGCAGGUUCAGGAUCUGCUGACAGUAACACCUGGAAAUCUGGCAGUUCAUCAUCAAACAACACAACUCCUAGUCAAACUGGGGGAUCAUCAACCAAUAACAGCCAGGAUUCUAAACAGGACCAACCCUUUGCCAGGUCACAACUAGGAACUGUGAAGAAAGUAGCAUCUGGUCCUGUUAAAACUGAUCCGAUUAUAUCUGCGAUUCGUCAGUCAUUGUUUGGUCAGGGAGCUGUGAUUGGCGAGGAGAAUGAAGAUGGGGAUGCUAGUGUAUAUAAUGUUGAACUAGAGGAACAAGAUCUACAUGAUCUAGAUGAUGACUUCGCAGAGAUGAAUUGUAGUGUAGGAGUGGAGAGUGAUGCAGAGAAAUCACCUGAAAAAACACCAACAAAUAAAGGUGAUGGGUUACAACUAGAUUCUGUAUACCUGAGACCAGGUACAACUGGUGAAGAACAGACUCAUAGUAAAUUAUCUUACCUAAGUAAAGUCAGUCUCUUUGAUGGUUUAUCUGGUGGUAGUGGGAGUGAGAUAGACACGGAAGAUGAGUUAGAACUGGCAAGGAAAGCUCAAGGUGAGAGGAUUGAAGCUGCUGGAGAAGAUUCUGAUGGUCACUCGAGACCAGGUUUGGAAGGUCUGAGUUUGACAGAUGAAACCAGACAACAGUUACCAAUUACACAACGACAAUCAGCAGAGGGUAAUGUAGUUACCUCCCCUGUGCCAGGAGAUGGUGGUGGUGGCGGGGAUGGUUCAAGUGGAUCUGACAGUGAAGAUGGAAGAAGCUCCGCUGAUCAAAGUGACAGGGGAAGAUCGAGUUACCAUGGUAACACUGCAUCCAAUCAUGUAUCAGCUCCUCAUAUGUCACAUGAUCAACAAGAGGAACAAAGAAUACGACCAAUGGGUGAUGACCUUUUGUCUGACCUCAGAUUUAGCAGGUUUCCUUCAACAAGAGGUUCAGGAGAAAGUGAUACAUUGUUGAAUUCACGAUAUUUACGACCACAAAGUCCCGCAGAUAAUACAAAUCAACCAAGUUUUAGUAUCGAUGAUGUACUGGCAGGAAGUCGUAAUGGUCCACUAGAUCACGAUUUUGAUCCAGGAAAUCGUCUAGAAGCAUCAGGAUUCAAUGCUGAUGAUGCAUCCUCACUGGAAAAAGAGUCCAAUUCAAAUCCAUUUGAUGUUAAAUCUUCAUCAUUUGGUUCGUUUGGUUUAAAUGGUUCUGAUAAUUCUGCACAAACACCUGACAUGGCCAUCUUCUCUGGGGAAAUUAUUGAAGCUGACUGGAUGAGUAGCCAAAGUCAGGAUCAUGAUGUUUUGUGGACUGGGACUGAUUUAGAGGGUAGUUUGAGAACCAGUCAAUGUAGUAAAGCAAGCAGUCUAGAUUCUAAGAAGAGUCUGGGUCAUAGAAGUGCUGCAUCUGGUUCACCUACAAGAGCCCAGCUGGAUAGUCUUUCACAACAAGCUAAUACCUAUGAUCUGCCUGAGAAAGGUAACAAGUCACAGCUGACUGACAAUGAGAUAAUCAGAAAACCUACCCUACCAGCACCUAAAGCAGCUAACUUUACCAAGUCAUCAGUAAAAUCGAGACAGUCACACUCACAGGGUAGUAGCAGUGGUACAGAGGCAAGUAGACAGUCUAACGUCUCCAACAAAUCAUCACAGUCAAGUUAUACAGAUCUUGAGUUUCGUACUUCCCUCACAUCAAAGACAGAGGGACAAAUGGCAGGUCUCAAGCGUGUACCAAGUUUGGGAGGUGCAAACACCAUGGACUUUACUGUUAAUGAUGAGGACUUCUUUGGAAAUGUUGAUGGUUGUGCUAUGCUAGAUGCUGACGAAGUCCAGUUUAAUGAAGAACAUGUCAUACGUCAGGAUGAUGCAAUGGUUGAUACAGGCUCACCAAAUGAUUCCUGGGCAUAUCGUAGCAUCAUGACUGUAGCUAGACCAUCCUGGCUGGAGGGACCAGAGGAGGAGGAGGAAGUUUGUGUACGAAUCUCCGUUGGCACCUUCAUGAGAGGCCGCACAGAGGCACUUGGGAGUCUUGGCGGAGAAGAUACCGAUGAAAGGCCUGACUUUGGUAUGACAUUUAAAAGUCCACCUAAACCAAAGGGUCGUCCAGCUCGCCUGAUUGAAGAGCAAGAAGAAGACAGUGUGUUUGAGUCAAUGCGUUCUUCUGGUGUCGGACAGCAUGGAAGUCUUACUCCAAUACGUUCACACAGCGAGCAAGAUCAAGAUUCAACUCUAAAGAUGGAUUCUCUUUUGAAGACGCCCACACCCCAAUCUCCUUUGUCAAUCACCGCUUUGACUGGUGAAGGUUUUGGACUCAAACCUAUAGCAACCAAUGAUUCAACAAAGUUAAGUAUGGGUGAAAUCAGUAUGAUGUUGAAGGGAGCUGAUACUAACAUAUCUGACUUCCAGAAAAAAUAUGCUUUAAAAUCAAAGUCCAAGUUUGGAUUUCAGCAUCAACAAACUAAUAACAACUCCAAAGUGCCUUCAAGCAUACCUUCACCUUCUACAGCAAGCAGUAGGUCGCCGUCUAAAUCAUCACAGCUUCCUGUAAGAAAAGGUUCUGAUAUUAGUCGAAGUUUUCGUAAAGUUACAAAUUCUGAUACAUCUUUGUUAACAAGUGCUUCAAAGCAGAAAGAAAGCAGUACAGAUUCUGGGUUCAGGAGUGGAUCAGUCCAUAACUCUAUACGAACUUUAACCGAAACUGAGCACCAGUCUGCUGACAGUAACUUAUCUGCAUCACCAAAGACACCAACCAAUGACAGCUUCACAGGGGACGGUAUUUGGUCAUCACCAAACACAUCCAACUUUUGCCCCAACACUAAUGGUCUAUUAGAUAAAUUAGACAAUUUUAAGUUCGCUGAUAGUAAACAGAGCUUGUUUCAAAAAGAGCUGUCUGACAAUUUGAAAGAAAAGUUACAAACUACACAGUCUAAGGACACUUGUCAAAGUCGGAUGUUAAAGGGAGAUAAUUUCAUGCAAAAUGAUAGAGAAAAGACUCCUCCCCCUGAUGGACAAACAAAUAAAGAUAGUGAUAAAAUAUCUACAAAUAUUAAAGGAGUAACACCACAGGUCACGCGUAAAUUCGGAGAUGAUUUUAAAUUUGAUAAUUAUAGAAUAGACAAAGAUAAUACGAGUUCUGUAGAGAACAGAGGUAGACAGACUAGUAAAGGGAAUUCACCUGUACAUGAUAAACGAUUACUUGAUGAUGAUAUGGAAUGGUCGCGUUUAGACAGCUCAGAUAUUGAUCAUGGUUAUAUGCCAGGUCAUCAUAUCCCAGAUGGUACUGAAUACAGUCAAAGAUCAGACUACUCUCACAUAAAUCAUAGAGGCGAGUUGAGAGAAGAUGUGGCGGGACUUGACGAUGUGGGACUUGCUGAGGCAAGGGGAUUUGAUGUUCUUAAACAUAAGGAUAACAAGUUAAAUGACCUACAAAAAGACAAUAAAGUGCAUAAUUAUAACUCAGACAAACCUUCAAGUGCUCAGAACAAACUGUCUGUCAAUUUACAACCAACACAAAGUAAAAGUCCAAUGAUACGACUAACUGAUGGUAAUGGAAAGAAAUCUCAGACUGUGUCACAAGGUCAAGGUUUGAAUAAGGAUGAUAACUUCAAAAUACCUGAGGUUCCAAGUAAGAGAAGGACUGAAAAGUUCGAGAGCUGGACUCAAACCUCUGUAGUUUUAGGUCAGACUGAACCUCAAGAUCAUAUGAACAUUCGUCAAAACAGUGCUCCACAACCUGAAACAAACAAGUCCUUUAAUGCAUCAGGUAUACCACCUCAACACCCUGUGUCAAGCUUUAAGCAUAAUCUCUUGCCAAAUAAUCAAUCUGCUGUGUCUGAAACUCCUCAUUUGUUGACAAAACAGUCAUUAAUGCAGACUGAUUUUGCUAAAGAAAAUCUAAGGAGGGACUAUAGUGUACAAGUGAUGGAUCGUAACUAUUCUAGAAACAGCACUAUUCACCAGGACAAGUUUCACACUAUAAAUGCUACAACUUCAGAUUCAUACUUCUGUCAAACUGGUCGUGAUUCUCUAGAAUCUAACACGGACUGGCACUACUUGCAAGGAAGAGAAACUCUUGAUACUCAAGCUGGAGAUUUUCCACGAUUGAGUGAUAUCAACACAAACUACAACGACUAUUCAACAUUUGAACGACAUGCAUCUGCCCAAUCUACGCCAUAUUUUCAAAAUGAACCAGUGUUUGACAGAUUGUGUGGUCGUCCAGGUACCAGUAUGUAUUCUCAGACAACAUUGAUGUCAACACCAUGUAACAUGCAGUCACAACUGUCUGAACAUAAUCUAUCGGCCACUGAUGAUAAUCUGGCUAGACGUUUUACUGACAGAACACCGGCCCCUGCUUUCCUCUGUCCUGUGGAAGUACCUGGUGUGCUAGAGUUCUCUGAGGUCUGUUGUGUUGGAAUAUCAACAAAAGAGGUUCUGAUGUUAAGAAACCCAACAGAUAAAUGGAUGGAAUGUAUUUUAAAGGUGAAGUCACUAGAGAUAAAUGGUCAGCCUGUCAGUCCCAGCAACUCAGCCUUCACAUUUAGACAAAACAAAGUUAUCAUUAACCCAGGGAAGACUGAGGGAGUAAAUAUUAUGUUUUUACCAAACUGUGCUGGAACAUAUGUUGCCCAUGUACAAGUAUUUUCACACUCGUGUGUGAAGAAGUAUGAUGUUUAUCAAGAUGCCAUACCAGUCAAUGUUACACUACAAGCUAUAGCAGAAGAUCCAUGGAUUAGUGUGAAAGAGAAAACCAAAGAGGAUUGUGGAAAAAGAAGCUCAAUUGAUUUUGGUGAAAUGGUUUGGGGCUCCUGCGGGGAAAAGACAAUAUUUAUCAGAAAUAAUGGACUAGCUACAGUCCCUCUUAGACUUGCUAUCAUGUCUAACAAAGGCUGGCAUUGUUUCUCGUUUGAGCCGGAAGGACGACAAUCGGAUGUUUCUAUGAUAUCAGGUCGGCAGGCACCCUCAUCUAGUCACGGGAGAAGCAUUAUGAAUGUUUGUCUGUCAGGAUUUAAUCAACCAUUUAACAACUAUCAUGAGGUGAAGGUUUGGUGUAGACCACCAGAAAAACAAUGUACCAAAGCUUUAUGUAGACAACCCCCGGAGAUAUUUAGCUGUGAUAUUGAUGUAGAAGUGGAUAUACCAAACUGUAAAUUUGCUAAACUAGCAUCAUUACACCUUACAGCAACUGUUGGUGUUAGAAAACUUCAUAUACAAUCUAAUCUGAAGGAAAUACAUUUAUCAUGUCCUCUAAACAAAACUCAGGAAAGUGGAUUUAAGAUCUAUAAUGCUGGAAACCUACCACUAGAUGCACAGUUUGGAUUCUCUAUCCAUAAACAGUCUUUCUCUGUGACACCAACUUCAAUCAUUCUGAAACCAGGCGUAGAUGCUGAACUACGUGUGAAGUUCAUGCCUACUGAUAUAUCAUCAAAGACGUUGUCUACGUUGUUGCUGAUGUUAGUAGAACCUGACAGACAAAUGUAUGAGCUAGCAAUCCAAGCGGAGGUAAAACCAGAAGAUAGAGAAAUACCUAAAUUACUCAGUGAUCGAACUAAGAUUGACUUUGGAGGGGUUCCUAUUGGUAAAACAUGUGUGAAGAGAUAUAGAUUAAUCAACAAAGGUACAGAGGCAGUGAAAAUGAGAGCCAUGGUUAAAGCUAGUAAUAUAUUGAUUGCCAGAUCAGCAGAUCCUAAUACUGUAGGAAGUAAGUCCCUGGACUUGUUCCUGCCAGCAGAAGAGAUUAUCCCUGUAUAUGUCUUAUAUAAUCCUGUCUUAACUAUGAUGGCGGAGGGCAAAGUUGUUAUGAAAUCAGUGACAUCUCCUGAAUCUCUUAAAUUUUCUGUGUUGGUAGCAGGAUAUGGUGGUGUAAGUCGCCUGUGUUGUUCAGAAGAGGCUACUACAAUGUCUAGUGUUAGAGGAUAUCCAUGUGUUGGUAUACAGAAUUUCUCACUAGGCAAGGUGAAGGAAGUAGCUAUACAUAACGUUGGCAUGCGACCAGCUCAAGUCAGAGUUGCUGUAUUUAAAGAUUUAGAAUGUCGGGAACGUAUGUUGAGUGGACAAGUUGUUGUUCAGCCGAGCGAGUUUGUGAUUGGGGAGAAUGAACGUGAGAAGUUAGAGAUAGUUGUGAGUAUGACAGAGAGAGAGUUCAUGUCCCAGGCUGACUCACAAGGUGUAGGAGCUGUUCUCUGUCUUGCAUACAAGGAUAGAGUAGAUUCUGAAAAACCUCAUGGAUCACAGCUGAUUGUUGGGCUUGUUAAAGGGGCUCAACCUAAGAUUGUUGACGAUGUAACACGGACACCUAGUAUAUCUAGUCGGACAAUGAGGUUUACACAACACAGCUCGGAUCAUUCCAGAUUUACUGAUUACAAUCAACUAAAUGACAAGAAUGACAGUAUGAAUGUUUCAAAUUCUUCAUGUAAAUCAGAUAACACCGGAGGCUGGACCCUCAAACCUCAACAGUUAAUUCUCUACUGCUCUAGCCGAGGUCCAGGAGAUGAACUAGACAAGUUUUAUAUACAUAACAAUAAUAACAGAGAUAUCAAGUUUGAGAUAGCAUGGCCUGGAAAGAUGUUAUCUGUAACCCCAGCUGAUGGUACUGUUAAUGCAAGAGAGAAUAUGUAUAUAAGGAUAUUUCCUACAAGUCAAGUAUCACAAUGUCUGGAGAAAUUACCUUGGUCUGGUACUGUAAUGGUAACUUGUGAUGAUGUGACAAAGAGUCUGAAAGUUGAGAUAAGAAGGGACUAUACAGCAGACGACACUGUUCCUGAACCAGACGACAGAAGCCUGGUUCCCAUUUCUACCAAUAUACCUCAUUCAAUAUCGGGAACCAACAGACUGGGUAAUUUACGGGUGUCCAGAACGACUGUCCAGUUCUUACCAACGAAGGCGGGUAAAAUGACCGAGGAAACACUUGAACUUACUAAUUUGUCAAACGACACUUUCCGAUGGAUGUUCUCAUCAUUUGCAUCACCAUACCUUAAAAAGAGUGAUGACAAUAAUAAAGAGGUUUUUAGAGUAUCCUACAAAGUGUUUGAUUUCUCAAGACAGUUUGGUAAACUAGCACCAGAAGGCACUGCACAGUUGACACUAAAGUUUAUGCCAAGAUCAACUGGCACAUUUUCACAAUACUGGGAUCUACAAACCAGUGGUCACUCUAAGAGUGACACUUCAUCUUCCCAUCAAGAUUAUAUACGUAUUCAUCUGACAGGAGAGGGUAUGGAAGACAUGGAUGCCAGCAGUAAAAGUAAACCUUCUAGCAUUGAUGUAGAGAACUUGCUACCUAAACUUGUUGGUGAAAAUACAAGGUUAAGAUUACCCCAGGAUGUGUUAGAGUUUCCAACACUCAAAUGUGGAGAGUCGGUCAUCAUGAAAACUGACAUGAAAAACAGCCAUCAUGAAGAAGUUCAGGUUGAAGUAACCACACCAAAGCCACCAUUUUAUGUGAAGCAUCCAAGGUUCAAAGUGGCAAAGAAGAGGUUCAUUAAGUUGCCAGUAGAAUUUCGACCAUCUAGAAGCGGUCGAUUUACCGAUGUGAUUAAAUUUCAGAGUUCCAAGGGAGAUAACUUAGUGCUACAGGUUAAAGGGAGUUGUCACUGAUUACGCAAAAAAAAGUUAUUUGAUAAUUGAUAUACAUACAGUCUCUAAUGAAAAUGAAAUGUUUGGGAAAACUUGACUUGAUUGAAUCAUGAAACUUAGUGCAUUUACAAUAGCAUGUAACUGUUAAUAAAGGAAAAAUUUUGAUGAGCAGAACCAUUUGUAAUUGACAUUUGAAUAUUUUGAAAGUGAAAUGAAAGGAGGUAAAAAUAAACAAUAAGUUAUUUACAGGGAGAAUGAAAGAAGUUGUUGCAACAAUCAGAUCUGAUGUUGUGUUGUUAUAGCAACAGUCAGUGAACAGAUAUUUUGUAAGAAUGUGAAUGUUAACUAGCUGAACAUUAAAACAGGAAUAAUGUAUGAAAAUAAUAGUGACGAGACGAUAAAAGUGAUCUCAAAUUUAUGAUGGUUUAAAACGAGGUUAUUUGUGGUACGACGAGUUUUAAGUUUAGGUUAUAUUUGAAUGUAGGAAUAGGUCUGUGAUAUAUUCCCCUUGUGAUAGACAGGUAAACUAAAUUUAUAUAAAUGUUAACCUAAUUAGAAUAUAUAUUAAAUUUCUGUCUCAAUUGUGUACAAUGUGUAACAUGUACAAGUAUUUGUUGUUAUUAGUGAACCAUAUUUUUGUCAUGUUAAAACUGAAUUUUCAACAAAAAUUAGGUGAAAAAUAACAGGAAUCUUAAUUGUUUUCAUGGAAUAAUUUUAAUUUGAUUGAAAUGGUAAAAUUGGUGUUCAUGAUUGGUGAAAUUUAGAUAUUUAUAAACAUGUAUAUGGAAAUAGAUUAUUGUUUUUCUGCAGAAGUUACCUCUCUGGCGUGGGUUCGAUCCCCAGGAGAUGCUUUGGUAGUUUAGCGCGGAGGAAGGUAGUCUAGUACUGGUGUAACUCUCCAGGAACGAUGGUUAGGAAACUACCCGCCUAUAUGACUGAAAUACUGUUGGAAAAAGGCGUAAAAUGAAACAAACAAACAAACAAAACUGCAGAAGUUUUUCAAAUAACAUUUUUUGCGGGAGGGAGUAAGGAGUGAGAAAAAGAAGAGAUAUUACAAGGUUUCUGUACAAAUGGUUGUAACAGGCAUGUAGUUAGUAAGAUACAAAUUGUUCCUUCAAAGUUCCAGAAAUUCAUGUUAAACAUUCAGUGAUGUGACCCACUUUUUUCUGCCUUCAUUUCUAGCAGAGUAAUUGUGUAACCAUUUGUUGUAAAUUCAUCUUAACCCGUUUCUCUAACAUUUUCAUGCAAAACAGUUUUUUAAAGUUGAAUCAAAAUGUAAAGCAGUAUUGUAAUUUAUUGGUGCUAGUAAUAUUGAUUUAAACCCUGAAGGUAUUCCAUGUGUUAUAAUUGGUUUUCAUUUUAAAAUGAUAUGUGAGUGGUGAUCAGAUGGACAAACUGUUUGAUUUUGAUAAACACAGAAAUUGUAAUAAUUUCAUAAAGUAACAUUUAAAAGAAUUAAAACAAUUUAGUAUUGAUUAAUCAUAAUUUUUUGUAAUUUAAUGAAAUAAAUGGCAUGGGAACCUGUGUGUUGGAUAUUUGUGAUAAAAACUUGUCUUCUGCUAAUGUUCAUGUAUUUUGAUAUUUCAUCAAGUGAUUUACCCUUCAAAUGCUUUUCUAGCAGUCAUGAAUUUGAAAUAAAAUAUUUUGUAUAUAACAUGGAAAUAGUAAUUUUGCUAAAAAAAUCUGAUGAAGUUAGUCUUAAAUUACUGUUAGAUUUUAGUUGAUCUUUUAUUGAAAAUUAUAUCAAGAAAAGAUAAGUUAAUUUUAGUAACCCUAUCACUGCAUGAAAUUCUGCUAUGAUGGUGCUGAGAUGUAUAUAAAACUUGUGAAUGAGUUGCCAUGGAAACACAUAUACCAGAAAUCUGUGUUUCUAAAACAUGGUGUUACUCUAAACGUGCCUAGAAUCUCAAUAUAAACAUUUCAUCAACCUGAUAUUUUUGUACCAGCCUGCAUUUACUCGUGUACAUUUUGUAUUUAUUUGAUUGUUUCCAUUAUAUUUGUAAGAUAAUUGUCUUCAAAUUAUUUUCAGUAAUUAUCAUAUGUAUUAUAUAGUUUCUAUUUUCAUGUCAAUGUCAUAUAUUCAAAAGUCUUGUCGUUUUAUUACAAUAGUUAAAAAAUGUAUCGUUGAUUUAGAUUAAUUGUUGUCGAAGUGUAAUAUAACAAUACAACAUAAUGUUGCUGGUUAUUUAAACUACUAAUUCAUUAACAUGUCAGGGGUUUGCUGUUGUAAUAAAAUAUUUUUGUACUUUAAAAUUUACCUGUAUAAUCCAUCUAAUGUAAUAUAUUUAUAUUAAAAUGAAAGUUUUGUUAAA